CUUCCAUUUCUGUUCUGGAACACACGAGCCCUCGCGAAGAGUAUACAUUUGCUGAACUGAAAUAGAUUUCUAAUGUAAAUAGAGUUGUACGUCGCUUCCAAAGCUGUUGGCGAAACGAAAUCUAUUUACAUUUGGUUAAAGAGUUUUUUUUUCUUCCGCUAGAGGACACGUUGGAGCUUCAGACGAAACGAGGCGGGCUAUUUAUUCCCCAUUUUAACUUUAGUGAGCGGCGUUUUCCGCCGUUUUUUAUUCCCUCCCCUGACGCUCUCUCGCGCUCCCCCCUUUGCGAGACUCGCGGCCUGUAGUGCAGCCACGAGGCGCGUCGGACCACCGGGAAUCAGGCGAUGGCGGAGUUCGGUAACGGACUGGCAGAGGAGUCUCUGCUGGACUCAGACCCGGGUCACUCAGAACUUGAAGACCCAGGCGUCGGCGAUGAAGAACCGGGAUUUGACGAGGGAGAGGCCGCUAUUGAAGAUCCGGAGCUGGAGGCAAUCAAAGCCCGUGUGAGAGAGAUGGAGGAGGAGGCAGAGAAACUGAAGGAGCUACAGAACGAAGUGGAGAAACAGAUGAACCUCAGUCCUCCACCUGCCGGCCCUGUCAUCAUGUCCAUCGAAGAGAAGAUGGAAGCUGAUGGGAGGUCUAUUUACGUUGGAAAUGUGGAUUAUGGUGCGACAGCAGAAGAGCUGGAGGCGCACUUCCAUGGCUGUGGCUCCGUAAACCGAGUCACCAUCUUGUGUGACAAGUUUACAGGACACCCCAAGGGGUUUGCAUAUAUCGAGUUUGCGGACAAGGAGUCUGUCAGGACAGCCAUGGCAUUGGACGAGUCCUUAUUCAGAGGAAGACAGAUUAAGGUUGGUGCCAAGAGAACAAAUCGUCCUGGCAUUAGCACCACAGACCGCGGUUUCCCCCGGGCCCGAUUCCGCUCACGGGGAGGAAACUUCUCAUCCCGGGCACGCUACUACAGUGGCUACACACCACCCAGAGGCAGAGGACGGGCCUUCAGGGGCCGAGGGCGAUCAACAUCGUGGUACUCCCCUUACUAAUACCUCCCUACCCCCAUGAACCCCCUUUACUAUCACCCCAUGUCCCCAUUUAAAAAAAAAAAAAAAAAGAAAAAAGACCCCUCUCAAAAAAGGAAGGAAAAAAAGAAGAAAAAGACAAAAAAAAAAAAAAAAGAGAAAAAAUGAAAAGAAAAACAGAGCAUCUCCCGGAAAGACAGACUGACUGGCCGCAGUGUGCGAUUGUGUGUGCGCGUGCGUGUGAGGAGAUAUUGCGAUCACCCUGGUAAGGUACAAUAUGGCAGUCGGGGAGAUUUGUUGGCAUUUGUUGAAAUUUAAGAAGAUGAUGUAAUCUCAGGCUGCAGAUGUGUGUCCUUUUGUCUGGCUGUGAUUUCUCUCACCGAACAGCCCCCAACCCCCACCCCCCUCGUGUUUGCACACAAAGGCAAAAGAAAAAAAUGUUAACUUUUUUUUUUUUUUUUUUUUUUUUAUUGUACCGUGAAUAUGUAAAAUUGCAAUAGCAAUGUUAUUGUUUUCACUAAGUUGUGCUAUUUGAGAAUCAUAUUCUAUUAUUUGUCUGUGCUCUCUAGAAUCCCUUUUUCCCCCUCCAGCACUGAUUUCUUUCCUGUUCAUCCCUCUCUUGGAUUACCUCCUACUCCACCUGUGUUAUUCCAACAGUUCGGCAUUGUUUUUAAGUUCUAUUGUUCUUGAAUCAUUUUCACAUCAUACAACGACUGUACAAUGGCAUGGCCUAAAAGCUGUUUUUUUUUUAUUUUAUUUUUUCCCUAUUUUACAAAAACUUUUCUUUCUUUUUUUGGUCUCAUGCUGUCGUAAGCCAUUCCCAAUCAUUUGUUUCUCCUUCCUGUGUCCC